UGUCAGUAUCACACACACAUAUUCACAGGCAGGAGGAACCGCGCAGAGGACACGCGUGUUUUCAUCAUGUAGAAACAGACGGACUCGGCUUCAUCCUCAAACUUUGAACCAACAUGUUUCCUGCGCGGCAGCGUUGACUGCGAACACGGACUGACGCAUCCGGAUUAUCUGCACGUAAUAAAGAUACAAACACAGGGGCAGAAAAUGGCGACUGCAGACAUCCUCUUCUUCUCGUUGUGGAUUUUCACGUCCGUCGCCACUGGACUUGGAUGCCCCGAGCUCUGUACCUGCUCCAAUAAAUCCGGCGUCUAUCUUGGUGAUUGUUCCUACAGAGACUUAACUGAAGUCCCUGAUGAUUUUCCUCCUAUUAUAACAACUGUGAGUCUGUCCGCCAACAAGAUCAGUUUAAUACCAUUAGGGAGCUUUGACAAUGUCACCCAUGUGACGUCACUGUGGAUGGCCCACAAUGAGAUCGUCACCAUCGAACAAGGAACCCUCACUCCUCUGGUUCAUCUUCGAAACUUGGACGUGAGCCACAACAAAAUUGUGGACUUUCCUUGGGAGGAUCUUCAAAACCUCACCAGCCUGCAUCUGCUGAAGAUGAACAACAACGAGAUGUUCCACCUGCCCAGGGAUGCUUUCUCCAACCUCAAAGAGCUGAGAUCCCUCCGAAUCAACGAUAACAGAUUCACAACGAUAGCUGAGGGGACGUUUGAUAGUUUGAUGUAUUUGUCCCAUUUGCAAAUUUUUAAAAAUCCCUUUUCAUGCACCUGCUCCCUCGACUGGCUCAGAGACUGGAUUGCAACCACCAUCAUCUCAGUACCACAGCAGAAUUUAAUCACGUGUGCAUCUCCAGAGAAACUCAAAGGGGUACUGAUUGAAAAAUUGCCUGAGUCAAAGUGCACCAGCCCACAAGUCAUGAUACGAUCCCAGCCUAGUCACCGCACAGCUUUCCAUGAAGGCAGUUCAUUGUUCUUGACUUGUGAAUUCACUGGAAACCCAAAGCCGCUGGUCAUGUGGAGCAUCCGUAGCCAACGUCAGAAGCAGCAGGUGGCUCUGUCGUUCGCUGAGGAUGACUUGGCAGGAACGAGCGAUGACUCCUUACUGUCCAAUAAUCCAGUCAAAGUCUUCAAUAACGGGACUCUAAUCAUUUCACAUCUGAGGAGGAAAGACAGCGGCAACUACAGCUGCUCUGCCACAAAUGAAUUUGGGAGAGCGGAAGAUUUGGUGUCAGUGGAGACGGUGGCUUUACCAGAAGCAACUUACACAAAACAAACUUCCACAGACGCACCACCACUUUCACACAAGACAACAGACAGAAGAUCUGUUUCUGCGCAUCUUCCUGAUUUAAACACUAAAGACCUCAUAGACAUCGUGCCUACUUUGGCGCCAACCGCAGAGUUAAAAUCUUCUGAAGAGGCAACCAGGCAUCCAUCACACGCUAGCAAAUGUGGCUUGACGGCUAACACAACAUACAUUUCCAGCCAUGUUCUUAAUGGGAGCCUGGAAGAAGUCAAACAGUACACAUUCGACUUUGGCGUGAUUGCAUUAGGGGUGUCGGAAACAGAAGCGACAGUGCGGCUCAAUCCUCUGCUCAUACCGAGAGGUAGAAACGCCAAUCAGGAAGCCUGGGACGCCUCGCCUGAGAGCUUUGACGAUGGCAGCGAAGAGCAACAAGGUCUUUUAGACUUUUCCGAAAAUGUCCCAUCGAAUGGCUUGUAUCUGUGCAUUACUGGCGACCGCAAACACUCAGCCGUGCAGUGGUCAAGGAUCAAAGACGGCGUCAACACAUACGUCUUCAGUGAUUUGCGCCCUGGCACAAACUACUCCCUGUGUUUGACCUACCGAGGUGAGGACUGCGAGGUCCAGGUUCUCUUCACCACCAGGAGGAGGGUAUCCAACCUGCUCAUCAUCAUCUCGGUCAGCAUCUGCCUCCUCACCGUUUCCACGGUGCCUCUCCUCGGUGCCACCUGCUUCCACCUGGUGUACAAAUACCGCAGCAAGACGUACAAGCUGAUCCUGAAGGCCAAAGACCAGUACCACAUGGAGAGGAACCUCACCGUCAACUUCAACACCCACGCACCUCACAACGACUACAAGAGGAAGCUCAACGGCAGCCACCUGGACGAGGAGGAGGGGGAGACCGAGACGGAGAGCGGUGACGGAGAGAGAGAGGCUGACACAGAAGAAAGUAUCAUGACAGAAUCUUUUACUUUGUCCCAGUGCCGAGGGAAUCUCGACAGCUGUGAGGUAGGAUCAGAGUAUAGCGAUAGGUUGCCGUUGGGAGCAGAAGCAGUGAAUAUUACAAGCAACUAGAAAUAUCCAAAUUGUACAUGUUUCUUUAGCGAUGUUUUGCAUUCAUUUAGAGAGUUUUUUUCCAAUGUGUGCCAAUUAUUUAAGCUCCCUCGAGCUGGCAAAGGCAGCCAAGAAACACUAUGUUGUUCCUUUGCUGUCUUACAAAACUCUAAAUUUAUACUCGCUUAAAAAAAAAUUCCAAAAACUACAACAUUCAGUCACUAUAAAGCUGCUUGGCGUUGUUGACUCUGUGGACAAACAUUUAAGU